AUGGCCACCGUCGCAGCGAGGUACUCCGUGUCCAUCUUUGCUGCCCUGGGCACCGUGGUCGGCUAUCUGGGGACUGAGGUCUCCUCGCACUCCAUGUUCGAACGUCUUCUCUGGCCCUCGCGCUUCUACAACACGACCAAUGUCGGAUCUCUGAUUGCGAUCUCGUGCAUCAUGACCAUGGGUGGUCCGGUCCAUCGGACGGCCGUCCAGGCUCUGGAGACCCUCACGCUUUCGGGACUAUGGAAAGGAAAAUUCCACGGCGACAUGCUGGGGACCAUCUUCUACAGGGACACGGGACGUCGCUACAUCAUUCGCAACCCUGAUGGCACUACGAGCGAGGAAAGGCAGGUGCGCAACGACUUCUGGAUCGGGGUGAUGCGCCUGAUUACCUACCACGCUCGACUGGACGAAGGCAGCCGCGAGCCUCUCACCAAGGAAGACGAGGAAUCCCUGGACAGACUGCAACCGAAAAUUCGAGACUAUCAGCAAGUGCUCAUUCUAAAGCUCUCGAGAUCCAACACCUCGGUCAUCGAUGGCGACAGCCCGGUGAACUAUUCGGAUAGUGGCCCUCUGACAGCCCGCCAUGUGGCUGGCAUCGCAGCGAGCGAGAGCAUGUCCUGUUUCUUCGGGCUGGUGACGGCGACGGCGUUCAGGAGUGGCUUCACCCUCUGGUACAUCUUCCCCCUCACCCUGAAACUGGUCGCGCUCGCUGGUCACGUUCGACGGACCCCGAUCAAGCGACCCAAGAAGGACAAGGAGGGACAGCUGAUGCCCGAGGACCGAAUCCUGUGUGAGGUGGUCGAUACCUCGCAGGGCUUCUUUCUCAUCGAAGGCCCCACCGAACUCGUUCUUCAAUUCUUCCACCGCUACGGCUAUCCCAUUCGCGGUCGACGAGGCCUGCGAGGGGACCGCGCGCGAGAAGUGAUUUCAAUGACCACGGUAAUCCUGUAUGCUAUGCUCUAUCCUUUUGGACUGAUUGCGUUUGUGUUCGCCCCCAUUGGGCCCCAGGUAGUGUGGCUCGCGUAUCAGAUCGUCGCUGUGGUUGCCAUGCACUUUUAUCACUUCGGGGGCGGGGAUCACAUCGGGACAACGGAGGAGUCGGUGGCCUGCGACCUGUCCGAGCGGCAGCGAGUCCAGCUCAUCGACAGGUCUGGGGAGCGAGUGAUUGCAGAGCUGGAUAGUGUGACUGUCUCCAGUGCGGCGGAGGGGCGAGCAGUGACCGAGGACCGCGUGAGAGAGAUCCAGAGGCGCCAUGCUGCCUGA